UUGGCAUCUAGAGGAAAAUCGCAAUCUCUCUCUCUCUCUCUUCUCUCUCUCUCUCUUCGGUUCUUGAAUUUGCUUCCCUAGGCGCGGCGGGCAGCUGCGAAGUUACUGCUGAUCCCGGCCGGCCGGCCGGCCGAAUCGGGCGCACACGCGGCGGAGGUGACGUCGUCGGCCCGAAGCAAUCUCGCACUUGGGUCGCCGUCGAGGUUUCGGGAGCUUCCUUGAUGGUUCGGCUUCAGAUCUGCUGAUGCGUUGAUUCUUUUUGUUUUCUCGUGCUGCUGUUCGUGGGGGAGAGAGAGAGGAAUCGUGGGUUCUUCUUCUUAUUCUUCGAAUUCUUUCGUUUUGAGGCUUCGGGGGUGGUGGUGAUGGGUUUCGAGAUUUAGGGCUCGGGUUUGGUGGGGGGGUGCGCGAGAGCGGCUGAGCCUCAUGGAGGAGAGUAGCAGAAGAUCUGUGGAGCGGUCGGGGAUAGUGUUGAAGAAGAGGAGCUCCUCGGGCUGCUUGAUCGUGAGGAAGAAAGGGGAUGGUGGUGGGGCGGGUGGGGUUGGUGGCGGCGCUGGUCCCUCGCGGAGGAAGAGGCCCAGGUUGGUCAUGAGUGAUUCGGGGUCGAGCGACGAGCUCUCCCUGGCGCGGCCCCGCAGGCUGCCGGUGGGUGCGGAGACGAUUCGGGUGUGUAAUGGUUUGACUGUUCCGAGGAAGGGCGUCUCUGAAGUGAGUGAUGGGGUCGGCCGAAAUGGGGAGGGGAAGAGAAGUAGGUUAGAUGUGUUUGAGUUCGAUGAAUAUGAUGGGAUUGAUGGGGAGGGGAUGGGCCGCAGACGGUUCGAUGAUGGUGGGGUCGAGCCCUCGGGAAGGAGGUUCCUGGGCUCGCCUCCCGUGGCUCGAAGCAGCGGUAAUAGGGACUUCGCGGGUAGUUCAAGUAGGCAGACUGUUAUGGAGAGGAGAAAGAAUAUGUAUAUUGAUGAGACGAGUAGUUUCGGUAGGGAAGAUGGUGGAGGUAAAAAUAGGUUUCAGAUGAAGCGGGAAGGCGGUCGAAUUCCUAUACAAAUGCUGAGAGAAAAAUAUGGUGGUCGUCCAGACGAGGCCAUCAGGGUUCAGGGUAAAAAUGGUGUUUUGAAGGUGCUGGUUAACCCGAAGAAAAAAGUAGGUGGGCCUGUGAGAAAUCUUGAUCAGUGGGAUGAACGUCGGAAAGUUUCUGUAGGGGAAGGCAGGAAAGGUUCUAUCUCUGAAGAUACUACCCAUAAUGUCACAUCCCGUCCUACUGCAUUUGCUGAGAUUCGAAGGAAUGAGGUGCGGAAUCCGAUGAUGAUAGAGAAAAAUAAGCUGAAUGUUCAGAAACCCGUGUCUGCUAAGAUCAAAAAGCCUGAUGACUGGGAAUCAGGGGACAGUGAUAUAUCUCCAACACGGUCACGGAGGAAUGCAGAUAGACGAAACUCAGUUACGAGAGUCAGCUGUGAGAAAGAAAAAUCCCCACAAUCUAAAAUAGGCCGUGACAGAGAGAAAUCUCCACAAUUGAAAAUCGGCCGCGGAAACGGAAAACCCCGACAAGCUAAAAUGAGCCGUGAAAAAGAAAAAUCCCCACAGUCUAAAAUUGUUGCACGGGCCAAGUCACCUGAAACACCUGUUACAAGCGGACCCAAAGAAGGAAAAGUGAAGCGUGGCAGUGGCACGGAGAAGCAAAAACUCAGAGAACGUAUAAGAGAGAUGCUACUGAAUGCAGGGUGGACAAUUGAUUAUAGACCUAGAAGGAAUAGAGACUAUUUAGACGCUGUCUAUAUUAACCCCGCCGGGACAGCUUACUGGUCUAUUAUCAAAGCAUAUGAUGCACUUCAAAAGCAACUCGAUGAUGACAAUGAUGAGGGAAAAGCAAGUGAGGAGCGGUCUGCUUUUGUUAUAUCAGAUGAGACUCUUGGCCAACUAACAAGGAAAACCCAGAAGAAGAUGGAGAAAGAAAUGAGGAUGAAAGAAAGAGAAGGCGCUGGAAGUGCCAAUGCAAGACAAGCUUCUAUUAGGAGAAACUCAAAGCCAAAGCAUGAAGAAGAGAGCAUGGACAGUGAUAGCGAGGAAGAAAAACUAAGCUCCUUCAUAAAGCAGGGGGGUAAGUCAUCAAAGAAAGGUCCUGUUCAUCCAAUGCACGGCAGUGUUGAGAAAGGCACCUCUGACUCCAAUUUUCACCAAGCACACGGAAGAAAAGGUAGAAAACUAGGCAGAUGUACUUUACUGGUCCGCAGUUCUGACAAGGGGCUGAACUCAGAGAGUGAUGGUUUCGUUCCUUAUACUGGUAAAAGAACCCUGCUUUCAUGGCUGAUUGAUUCUGGGGUUGUGGAGCUGAGCCAGAAAGUGCAGUAUAUGAACCGUCGAAAAACACGAGCGCUAUUGGAGGGAUGGGUUACAAGAGAUGGCAUCCAUUGUGGUUGCUGCAGCAAAAUCCUCACUUUGUCAAAGUUUGAGAUCCAUGCAGGCAGCAAACUCCGCCAGCCAUUUCAGAACAUACAUCUGGAUUCUGGUGUCUCCCUUUUGCAGUGCCAGAUUGAUGCAUGGAAUAGACAAGAGGAGUCUCAACGUGAGGGGUUCCAUUCUGUGGACACUGACGGUGAUGAUCCAAAUGAUGAUACAUGCGGCCUUUGUGGAGAUGGUGGAGAUUUGAUUUGUUGUGAUGGUUGUCCAUCGACCUUUCAUCAGAGCUGCUUGAACAUCCAGAAGCUUCCUCCUGGGGACUGGCAUUGCCCUAACUGCACAUGCAAAUAUUGUGGAGUAGCGAGUGAAUGUACUUCGCAUGUUGAUAAUGCAACUGUUGGUGAAAUCUUUGCAUGCGACCUGUGUGAGAAAAAAUAUCACAAAUCAUGUUUUGAGGAAACAGAUACUUUUCCUUUGGACUCCGAUAGCACAGGUCAUUCUUUUUGCGGUCAGAAAUGUGGAGAGCUCUUUGAACAUCUUCAGAAGUAUCUCGGGGUCAAACACGAAGUAGAAGGUGGAUUUUCAUGGUCUCUCAUUCGCAGGACAGAUGCAGAGUCAGAUAUGUCUCUUCGAGCGCUUCCUCAGAGGGUGGAAUGCAACUCCAAGCUUGCAGUGGCGCUUACAAUUAUGGAUGAAUGUUUUUUACCCAUUGUUGACCGGAGAAGUGGUAUAAAUAUGAUUCACAAUGUUCUCUAUAACUGUGGAUCAAACUUCAAUAGGAUUAACUAUAGUGGAUUUUACACUGCUAUAUUGGAGAGGGGUGACGAAAUUAUCUCUGCAGCAUCGCUCAGGUUUCAUGGUACCCAGCUAGCAGAGAUGCCAUUCAUUGGGACGCGACAUAUUUAUAGGCGUCAGGGGAUGUGCCGUAGACUAUUUUUUGCCAUUGAGUCGGCUCUGCGCUCGCUCAAAGUUGAGAUGCUGAUUAUCCCUGCUAUAUCCGAACUUAUGCACACAUGGACUGUUGCCUUUGGUUUCUCUCCUCUUAAGGAGUCUUUGAAGCAGUACAUGAGAUCCUUGAAUAUGUUAGUAUUCCCCGGUUUAGACAUGUUGCAGAAGAUGCUUUUUGAACAAGAUACUGUCGCGGGCUCAAGAGAAGCCAAGACCAUGGAACUGGAAAUGGACACGCAAGUUACUUCCCCUGAACCUGACGAUAUUUGUCAGCAUGACGAUCCUGGCGAGCAUUCUGGUGAGGGUGAUAAAGCAGAUAUCGUGGACUGCGAUCCAAAGUCUCAAGAUGUUUCCCCGGGUGAUGCUUCAACAGGGAAUGGCUCAUCUCAUGAUGCUUCAGAUGAUAUGGAACUUCGAGUUUCCAGUGAAAUGCUUAAAGAUGCUGACCCUGAUUUGGCUGACAAGUCUGCUGAAUCUGAUGUAGAUCAGAUAAGUUCUGCUCCAUGUAAAGCUGAGGUAGAAGCUUGUAAGGUGGAAGACAAAUCAAUGCCAGCUUUGCCAUUUCAAGUUGGUGUUCAAUCCACUACCGAAGAUGGUUAUAUAGAUGAUUCCCCAGAAGCUGAAGCUGGUGUUGCAUGUAAGAAUUAUGCUAGUAAUUCAGAAGUAAAACCUGCAAAGAUUCUUGAGGGGAUCAAUGGAACUCCAGAUGCUGCUUCUAUUUGUGAUUCUUGUGCCAUAAAUGGAACUCAGAUGCGUCCCCUGCUUUCUGAUGUCAGCCAUAACAAAUCUGGGAUGGAUGACAAGUCGAUGUCGGAUUCCUGUGUUGCCGGUGAUUUUCAGAAUUCAGGUUGUCUAACCAACGCCAAUGAGGAAAAAGUGGAUAUUUCAGCAGAGAAUGUAACUGAGGGUGCAGAUGGCAAAUCAAGAGAUGCUCCUAGUAUUCACCAGUCUGAGGAAAAUCUGAUAUUGGUAAAUUCAAAUGCAGAUGACCAAAUCAGUUAUCGAAAGGAAAACGUGAUCGAGUUCAAUAAUGAUGAGGAGUUACUUUCUGAUGCGGAUGUGGAAGUAGAAAACAAUUCAUUGUUGAAUUUUCCAUCUAAAGGUGAGUCUUUGAAUGAGACUGACUGGGAUUCUUGCAGUGGGAGCAGUCGGUAUGACAAUGCUGAUGCAGAUGUUAAGGUUACACUAGUUGAGCCUAUUGCAACUUCAGAGGAAAAGCAGGAGACCAUGGAAAUCUGGAAGGAGGAGAAUGCAGAAGAUAUUCCUGUCUCUACUGCAGUUUCAAUUCAAGCAUCAGAGGAAGCAGAGGACUUAAGGAAAGAUGAUAUAACUGUGGGGAAGAAUUGUCAAGGUGCUUCUGUAUCUGAUGUGAAUUCAGUGCAGAUCAACUUUGAAUCAAAUUGUCCAACUACAGAGGGAGAGGAGAACAAAUCAGUUGAAACCAUUUAGCACCCGAUGCAGCUUAGCAGAAGUUAUUUUUCCAUGUGAUUGAAGCGACAAUGUUCUGCAGUUGGGAACUGGAUCGUCUUUGAUUUAAUCUCAAAUCUGAUUCAGAGGCUGCUAUCCUUAAGAUAUUCGAGGGUUGAUCAUCACACUACAUGCUGGAUUUGCUUCUUUAGUCGAAUAUCCAUGGAGGUGACUGCGCACAAUUCAAGUUAAUCUGUUUAAGUCAAGUUGAUCGACUAGAUGGGCUAGUCUGAGCCAAUCGUUAUUUUGCUUCUGAUACUGGAUGUUAUUGACAUUGACUAACUGGCCUACGGUGUCGGUGCAAUUAGGAAAUAGCACCCUGGAUUUGGUGAGAUUCAUGGUGCUUACAACAUGAGAACAUUCUGCACCAUUGCAAAUUCUUGCUAGUCUCUCGGUACGUUUCUGUCACUGGUUCUGGAUGUUUCAUCAAUGAAGGCGCUUUUGUCUGGGAUGCUAAUCUGACAAAGUAGCUUUAAAGGUUUGGUUUGCUUGGUCAAUACAGCCAUUCUAUUGUUCAUGCUAGUGACUGUUAAGGCAGAAUCAUCUCUGCCAUAAGGGAAUUAGCCGUUGCAGUAAAACGAUAAGAUUGAUGGACUGGGAUUGGAAAGGCACAGUGUUUGCAGUACAUAUAUAGGAUACGUGGUCUUGCUUCCUCAUGGUGUAUAUAUCCUAAUCUUUUAGCUGCUUUUUUCUUGUAUUAUUGUGUCUUACUAGUGAUGAUUCAAUACGACCCUUGUUGCCCAGCAUUUCCUACGUAAUUUUUGCAAUCAGAGCUGCUGCAGUUGCCCGCGCAUUUGGUGCCGUGGGUUCAUCUCAGUCUAGCGUAAUCAUGAUUACUGAUUCGGCAAGAAAGACAAGUUCAUGGUAUUCAUCUGUUCCGCAGAGUGCAACUACAUUGAAUUCGAGUGAUGUUAACUCCCACAGCGAAGGUCAAGUUUCUCUUUUCAAUUUUUAGUGCAUAUAGAUUUGACUCUGCAAUCAGGAUUCAGAAUACGCGUUAGUGCAGGAAUCUAAUUGUGAGGUUGCUUGAUUGGAUGAUAUAAGUGACCCAUUUGUGUAGACUGUAAAACGGUUUAUUUUUUACUCGUCACGUGGGUUAGGUUUGUCUUCCACUCUCAGUUUUUCGGUAGCUGGUUUUGAUUCUAAUCCGAGUGUACACCUUGAAAUGGUUCUUUGAUUGUAGUUGCUAGUCUCCUUUGUAGGCAAUAAUUGAUAGUCUUGAAAUCUCGCCAUAUGUGGUUCUGAGUAAAAAGUUGCUUUUAUGUUCUCAA